AGAAGGUUCAGAGGUGAUUCUCUGGCUCGCUGCGCCUCGGCUCUCCUAGCCAGACUGACGUUGGACAACAAAGAUGGCGGCAGGAACCAGCAAUUACUGGGAAGAUCUGAGGAAACAGGCUCGACAGCUGGAAAAUGAACUUGACCUGAAACUAGUUUCCUUCAGUAAACUAUGUACCAGUUAUAGUCACAGCAGUGCCCGAGAUGGAAGACGCGACAGGUAUAGCUCUGACACAACACCUCUUUUAAAUGGAUCAAGCCAAGACAGAAUGUUUGAAACAAUGGCAAUUGAGAUUGAACAGCUUUUGGCAAGGCUUACAGGAGUAAAUGAUAAAAUGGCAGAAUAUACCAACAGCGCGGGUGUCCCCUCCUUGAAUGCAGCACUGAUGCAUACAUUACAGCGACAUAGAGACAUAUUACAGGAUUAUACACAUGAAUUCCAUAAAACCAAAGCAAACUUUAUGGCAAUACGGGAAAGGGAGAAUCUCUUGGGAUCAGUACGAAAGGAUAUUGAGUCAUAUAAAAGUGGGUCUGGAGUAAACAACAGAAGAACUGAACUAUUUUUGAAAGAACAUGACCAUCUUCGAAACUCAGAUCGUCUGAUAGAAGAGACAAUAAGCAUUGCUAUGGCAACAAAAGAAAAUAUGACUUCACAGAGAGGAAUGUUGAAGUCGAUUCAGAGCAAAAUGAACACUUUGGCCAAUCGUUUUCCUGCUGUGAACAGUCUGAUCCAGCGAAUCAACCUUAGGAAGCGGCGAGACUCACUCAUCCUCGGUGGUGUUAUUGGUGUCUGUACCAUCCUAUUACUGCUCUAUGCUUUCCAUUGAUGGGACGUCUCCAGGGACUUUUGACAACUACCAUUUUUAUGCCCUGGUCUGGAAUAAGGAAAAUUAGGAAAGAGAAAGACUGUCCUGAUAAUUAACCUGACCAGGAGGAUUAAUUCAAGACUGAUAGUGAUGGACUCUGUGACAUGGUCAGGUUGAGCUGAAGCCACAGUUUUUCUGUGCAAUCUUUUCUAACACACAUUUCCUUCUGUUUUUAGUUAAAAAAAUAAUAAUUUUUUUUCAGUUGCUUUUGUCUCCCCAGGAGGUAAGUAAACCAAUCAGAAACAGAGUUUCUGUGCUUCAGUGAUAGUGUUGAAGGCUGAUGAUAAGCCAAGUCUUAUAGCUGGACUCUCAGAAAACCAGGUUUCUCUGUAUCCAAAGACGGCUUUCUCUUCAGCCACCAGAUUGGGUUGUGAAUAAAAAUAGUUCUUGUACUUUUAUUUUAUACUCAUGAUGAGAAAUCACAUGUCAUUUCUUGAUGAUCUGUGCUGUAAAUUUGUACUCUGUGUCCCCACCUCUUUUGGUAUUCAAGGACAAUUUCAUUUUUCACGGAUUCUUUGAGAUGCUGACAGGCCAACUUCAACAUUUUUGAGGUUGUCUGAAACAGAAGAUAAACACCACAAAAAUCUUUUAUCUUUUUCUUUUUUUUCCCCCCAAAUCCUUCACACACUGGGGUUAACUGCAUUGCUGGAAAAACGUCAAGAAUGACAGGCUUUUUUUAAGGAGUCAUUCAUUGUUUUUAUUAUUUGUUUAUUUCUUCCGUUGGGUUAAUAUUUGCUACCACAAGAAAAUGAAACCUCAGUUCUACCAUGACAAAAGAAACUAACAGCCAUUGUCUGUCAAUGCCCCCAACUAUUCCUCAUCCUGUCUGGAUUAACACUGGUAACUGAGUGAGGGGACUGCUCAGUUUUCAGUGAUAUCUAUUCAAUAAGCCACACGCAAAAAGACAUUGAUUGAAGGGUUGCCAUCCAGAUAAUUCCACUUGUAAAUGCUCCACAAUUUAUAAACAAAAGCUUAAGAACUACUGCCUGAUGUACCAGGAAUUCUGUGUUCUGUGAAAACCUAUUCAUUCCAAAUCUGUUAAGAUUUUCCAAACAUCCAGAGAAUGGUUUCAGUGUUGAAGGUGCAUGUGACAGAAUCUGUCACUGUCUGCACCUGUGUUCUAUUACCAUCCCUGGACAGUGAUGAAAUUUUAAACCACCUAUCAGAAUUCUUUUCAAGUUUAACCAUUUCUCAGUUUCUGUAAAUUCAUUACUUGUUUAACUAACUACCACAAAUAGUUCGAAGACUUCCAACAUAUACACACCAAGAAAGAAGGCUGCUUUUUUACCAUUGGAAUUUACUAUGGUGUUUAUAGUAUUGGCUUCAGACUGUGCCACAGAGAAUAAAAGAUAUUAGCGUGUAGUUCUUAACUACAUCAUAGUGUGUCGAUGGUGUCAUUCAGGUGAACUUGAUACGUAGACUGGUGGGUAGACUAACCCAUGGUCUAGUACAGACUGAGAAGUUUUCAUUCUGGUGUCAGUUUUGUUGAGUUCUGGGUAUAAAGGGUAUUUGAUAUUUUUUUUCAUCUAUGGGGUUUAUUUUUCUAAAUAUCAGUUGAUCAGUUAGUUGAUUGGGAAUGCCCUUUAAAGAAAGUUCACGUUUUCCCAGUGUGAACCUUAAAGGAUCAGGGAAGUAAGUUCAUUUAUUAAAUUCUCUGUUGGGAAAACAAAACUUCUCUCCCCUGACACUUUAUUAUCUUUGAUUUUUCAAAGGGUCUUGAUUGGUGGUUGUGCCUCAGCUAGAAUUUAUGGGACUUUGGUUGCUAUAUAGUUGGCAUUUAUAAAAUCUGAAGUAUCAUAAAUAAAGUUAUUUAUUUAAUUAUA